ACAUCUCCCGCAUGUUCCGGCUGAUGUUCUGCCUGUCGUAGCCUUCUUUGCUGGGGGGGAAGUCGGACUCCAUGUCGAGAGGGUAACCCUGACCGAGGCUUUCCUCCACUGGCUGCCCACCGGGGACUCUGGCCGGGCUUUGACUGCUUUUCUUCCUGCGAGGCAUGACGCCUUCGACGAGAGGCCAGCAGAAGACGGUGUGGACCAGACGUCAACAAGCAUGGAGUUCCCGCAACAACAGAAGCCGGCGGGGGACGGCAAGAUCUUCUACCCGCCCGGAGUCAAGGAGAUCACGGACAAGAUCAGCAACGAUGAGGUGGUCAAGCGGUUAAAGAUGGUGGUGAAGACCUACAUGGACAUGGAUCAAGAUUCUGAAGAGGAGAAGCAGCAGUAUCUCGGCCUCGCACUCCACCUUGCCUCAGAAUUCUUCCUCAGGAACCCCAAUAAAGACGUGCGGCUGUUAGUCGCCUGCUGUCUGGCUGACAUCUUCAGGAUCUAUGCCCCUGAGGCCCCUUACACCUCCCAUGACAAACUGCAGGACAUCUUCCUCUUCAUUACAAGACAGCUAAAGGGACUAGAAGAUACCAAGAGCCCCCAGUUCAACAGAUACUUUUACCUUCUGGAGAACCUGGCCUGGGUGAAGUCCUACAACAUAUGUUUUGAACUGGAGGACUGCAACGAAAUCUUCACCCAGCUUUUCAAAACCCUUUUCUCUGUGAUUAAUAACAGCCAUAACCAGAAGGUGCAGAUGCACAUGAUGGAUCUGAUGUGUUCCAUCAUCAUGGAGGGAGAUGGGGUCACACAAGAGCUUUUGGACAGCAUCCUCAUCAAUCUCAUCCCUGCACACAAGAAUCUGAACAAACAAGCGUACGAUCUUGCAAAGACUAUCCUGAAGAGGACUGUCCAAACCAUGGAGAUGUGCAUUGCAAAUUUCUUUAAUCAGGUUUUAGUGAUGGGAAAGUCUUCUGUCAGCGACCUUUCGGAACAUGUCUUUGACCUCAUCCAGGAACUCUUUGCCAUUGAUCCUUUGCUACUUACCUCUGUUAUGCCACAGCUGGAAUUCAAACUCAAGAGCAAUGAUGGGGAAGAGCGUCUGGCUGUUGUGCGUUUGCUCGCCAAGUUGUUUGGAGCCAAAGACUCUGAGCUGGCCACACAUAACAGGCCGCUCUGGCAGUGCUUCUUAGGACGGUUCAAUGACAUCCAUGUUCCGGUUAGGCUGGAGUGUGUAAAGUUUGCCAGCCACUGCCUCAUGAACCACCCAGACCUGGCCAUAGACCUUACAGAGUUUUUGAAGGUGCGUUCCCACGACCCCGAGGAAGCUAUUCGUCACGAUGUCAUUGUCACUAUCAUCAAUGCUGGGAAAAAGGACCUUAACUUGGUCAACGAUCAACUGUUGGCUUUCGUAAGAGAGAGAACUCUGGACAAGAGGUGGCGAGUGCGCAAGGAGGCCAUGAUGGGCCUGGCUCAGCUCUAUAAGAAAUACUGUUUGCACCACGAGGCUGGGAAGGAGUCUGCCCUGAUGAUCAGCUGGAUCAAAGACAAGUUGCUGCACAUCUACUACCAGAACAGCAUUGACGACAAGUUACUAGUGGAGAAGAUCUUUGCCCAGUUCAUGGUCCCUCACAGCCUGGAAACAGAAGAAAAGAUGAAGUGUCUCUAUUACCUUUAUGCCUGCUUGGACACCAAUGCUGUCAAGGCUUUGAAUGAGAUGUGGAAGUGUCAGAAUAUGCUGCGAGGCCUGGUCAAAGAGCUGCUUGACCUCCACAAGCUGCCGGCGUCUGAGGCCAACACCACUGGCAUGUUCGGGAAGCUGAACAACAUAGCAAAAAACUUGCCAGAUGCUGGGAAAGCUCAAGAUUUCAUUAAGAGGUUCAACCAGGUUCUUGGUGAGGAUGAGAAGCUGAGAAUCCAGCUGGAGGUCCUCAUCAGUCCGACUUGCUCCUGUAAACAGGCCGAGAUCUGUGUGAGGGAGAUCACUCGCAAGUUAACCUUCCCCAAGCAGCCGACCAAUCCCUUCUUGGAGAUGGUGAAGUUCCUGCUUGAACGCAUCGCCCCUGUGCACAUAGACUCCGAGGCAAUUAGUGCUCUUGUCAAACUGCUCAACAAGUCCAUUGAGGGCACGGCGGAUGACGACGAGGAGGGUGUUACACCUGAUACAGCCAUCCGCUCAGGCCUGGAACUACUCAAAGUCCUGUCCUUCACCCAUCCCACAGCGUUCCACUCGUCAGAGACCUACGAGUCUCUUCUCCAGUGUCUGAAGAUGGAGGACGACAAAGUGGCUGAGGCAGCGAUCCAGAUAUUCAGAAACACGGGGCAAAAAAUCGAAACAGAACUUCCCCAAAUAAGAUCGACGCUGAUUCCCAUCCUGCAUCAGAAGGCAAAGAGGGGGACGCCUCACCAGGCCAAGCAGGCCGUGCACUGUAUCCACGCCAUCUUUAACAACAAGGAAGUGCAACUGGCUCAGAUAUUUGAGCCUCUGUCACGGAGUCUAAACGCAGACGUCCCCGAGCAGCUCAUCACGCCCCUCGUGUCCCUAGGUCACAUCUCCAUGCUGGCCCCAGAUCAGUUUGCCUCGCCCAUGAAAUCCAUAGUAGCGAACUUUAUCGUCAAAGACCUGCUAAUGAACGACAGGUCGGUGGGAAACAUGAAUGGAAAGCUGUGGACCCCUGAUGAUGAAGUUUCACCUGAAGUUCUGGCUAAAGUGCAAGCCAUCAAGCUGCUGGUGCGCUGGUUACUGGGAAUGAAGAACAACCAAUCCAAGUCGGCAAACUCCACCCUGCGCUUGCUGUCCGCCAUGCUGGUCAGCGAGGGAGACCUCACCGAGCAAAAGAAAAUCAGCAAAUCGGACAUGUCUCGCCUAAGACUGGCGGCAGGUGGCGCUAUUAUGAAGUUGGCCCAGGAGCCCUGUUACCACGACAUCAUCACGCCUGAGCAGUUCCAGCUGUGCGGUCUUGUGAUCAACGACGAGUGCUACCAGGUGCGUCAGAUCUUUGCUCAGAAGUUGCACUUGGCUCUGGUCAAACUGACGUUGCCACUGGAGUACCUGGCCGUCUUCGCCCUGUGCGCCAAGGACCCGGUGAAGGAGCGCCGCGCCCACGCCCGACAGUGUCUGCUGAAGAACAUCUCAGUGCGCAGAGAGUACAUCAAGCAGAACUCACUCACUCAGGACAAACUGAUGUCCUUCCUUCCUGAGUACGUUGUCCCUUUUAUGGUCCACCUGCUGGCUCAUGACCCAGACUUCACAAAACCGCAGGAAUACGACAUGCUCAAAGACAUCAAAGAGUGUCUAUGGUUCAUGCUGGAGGUGUUGAUGACCAAGAAUGAGAAUAAUAGUCACGGUUUUCUGAGGAAAAUGGUGGAGAAAAUCAAACAGACCAAAGAUGCACAGUGUCCUGAUGACAUCAAAGCCAACGAGAAGCUGUAUAUCCUCUGUGAUGUUGCGCUCUUCGUCAUCGUCAACAAGAGCACCGCGUGUCACCUGGACUGUCCAAACGACCCCGUACUACCCGACAAGUUCUACUUGGCGCCAGAGAAGGACUUCCAGAAUGACAAAGACUAUCUGGCAGCAGAGAUGCGACAAAUGUUACUCACAGGAAAGCCUAAACCUCCAGUGUUGGCGACUGUCAACAAAGCCCUGACCGUACCAGGCAGAAAGAUCUUCAAGACCCCAGUAGUUACCAGCAGUAAUACCAGCACCACCAACUCCUCACCACUAAGCUCAUCCCCCGUCAACAAGAACACCAAGAGCAUCAUAGCCACAGAACCGGUCGAGAGCCGAACGCAAGAAAACAACGAGAACCCAGUCAUCAAGAAUGAAGAAGGCAAGGUGGAGAAGGAGCCCAGUAAGAACGUCACCCCCAACGCCGGGAAGGAAACGCCGCCCGUUAAACGGCGUGGUCGGCCACCCAAAACGACGGCUGCUGCUCCUCCUGCGGCGGCGAGCAAAGACACGGCGAGCACAGGCGCCGGACGAGGUCGGAAGAGAGCGGCGGACGCCAACUCCACCCCAUCCACAGAGUCGGCCAAGGUGUCAAAGCAGCAGAAUGAUGAGGGGACAGAUCAACAGAUUGACGUGCAGAGGUAAAGGGUGGAGCCACACUUGUAGUCAAAGGGCCAGAAUUCAACCAUGUUCUUCUCCUGGACACUUACGGACCUUUCUUAAAUCAUACCUGCAUACCUUUUACUUUCACACCACAUCCUAGAAGGUUUGUAAACACUCUGUAGUUAUGAUUUUAAGCUCAUUGUAUGUAGGUCUUAUCCCCCCGGACCGUUUAUUUUUGUUUGUUUUUGGCACACUGCUGCUUUUGUGGAGACAUUUUUAAGAAAAGAAAAAAAGUCAUGGACGUUUUACAAAAAUUUUAAUCUGGUAUGAUUAUUGUUUAUUAAAUUCCCUGAUAAAACUCCUCCUGUACGACUCCUUCCUCAAUAAUCUCCAUAUAAUUUCCCCACUGCUCGGUCACUCACUUUGUAAAUACUACUCCACAGCUUUCAACCAUCCAAAACAACAAUGGCUGCAUGAACCCGUUACAACAUUGUCUUCUUAGUUGCUUUAGGCUUGAACUUUCUUUUUUUCUAAAGGACCAAAUGACAAGUUUGCAUUCUGACCUGCUCCUCCGCCGAGCCUGGAGGGAAAACACCUUUUUCAUAUGAAUUCUUUUUGUUUUUACUGUCAAAAGUAUGUGAUUUUACUUCACCCUGGAGUGCAUAAAUGGUAUACUACCAUGAAAGUAUUUUUCAGUCUUUGUCCUGUUUUAUAAUUAAAUGUAGUUUGUA